CCCCCUCCGUUCGCCUCCCUCGAUUGUGGGCGGUUGCCAUUUAAAUACACAAGGAGCAACAUGGCGGACAGCUCGGAGAGGCCGUCUUCAGAAGCGAAGAUUGAAGAGAAUAAUGUCUGAAGAUUGUCAAUCGUACUGCGACCGAAAUGCCCUAGGGGUGUUUUUGGAGUAAAGCCAAGGUGGUCAUGACCUUCGAUCAACGUUCAACAGUGAGGCAAGUGUUUCACUUUUGACUGGAAUAUCAGCAGAAGUCUCUGGAAGGUAGUUUGAAUGCAUAACCUUCUGGCUUGGGCAAACACCGCUGUUGAACUGAACCAAAUUGACACUUGAAUGAAGCUGCUUAUAUGCCCACAAGAUGAGUGGAAUGGGUGAAAAUUCCUCUGACCUUGCCAGAUUAGACUCCAGAAAACGCAAGGAAUCACCAUGUGACCAUCCACGACCGAGCCCUAAACGUAGCACUGAGAAACGUCAUCGUGAGCAAGAGAAUAAGUAUAUUGAAGAACUUGCUGAGCUAAUAUUUGCUAAUUUUAGUGACAUUGACAACUUCAACGUAAAACCAGACAAAUGUGCAAUCUUAAAAGAAACUGUGAAACGAAUCCGCCAUAUAAAAGAGCAGGAAAAGGUUGCUGCAAAUGAAGAUGCUGUGCAAAAGGCUGAUGUAUCCUCCACGGGUCAAGGUGUCAUCGACAAAGAUGCACUUGGACCAAUGAUGCUUGAGGCCUUGGAUGGAUUCCUUUUUGUGGUCAAUCUUGAAGGGCACAUAGUGUUUGUAUCUGAGAACGUGACCCAGUACCUGAAGUACAACCAAGAAGAGCUUAUAAACUCCAGUGUAUGCAGCAUUCUACAUGCUGGUGACCAGGCAGAGUUUGUGAGAAACCUUUUGCCUAAAUCUCUUGUUAAUGUGGUGCCUUGGUCCAGUGAAGCCCCGAGACGAAACAGCCACACUUUUAACUGUCGUAUGUUGGUUAAACCGCCUGGUGAGACUGAGGAGGAAGGCCAUGAUAACCAGGAAGCACCUCAGAAAUAUGAAACUAUGCAGUGUUUUGCUGUAUCUCAACCAAAGUCAAUAAAAGAAGAGGGGGAAGAUUUGCAGUCCUGUUUAAUCUGUGUUGCAAGGAGGGUUCCUGUAAAGGAGAGAUCACAAUUUGCUAAUACUGAAAGUUUUACCACAAAACAUGAUUUAUCAGGCAAACUAAAAUCUCUGGAUAUAAAUGCAUUACGUGCAUCAAUGAAACCAGGCUGGGAAGACUUAGUGCGAAGGUGUAUUCAAAGGUUUCACUUACAAAAUGACAAAGAGAUUGCAUUUGCUAAGAGACAUCAUCAUGAAGUGUUGAGGCAAGGUCAGGCUUUGAGUCCUGUGUAUCGGUUUUCUUUAUCUGAUGGCACCAUGGUUGCUGCACAAACAAGGAGCAGGCUUAUGCGCACUCCAAAUACCAGCGAGCCUCAAUUUAUCAUGUCACUGCAUGUUGUUCAAAGAGAGCAAAAUGUUUGUGGGAUGAAUCAGGAAUCAACUGGACAAGGAAUGGGAAAGCCAUUGAAUCCAAAUUCCAGUAGUCCAGCUAUGGCAGGUGUUUCAGCUGCAACAACAGGUCAAGAGAUGGCAAUGAACAGCAAUUCAAGUUUUGCCAUGAAUGGCUUGAAGGAACAAACAGGUAUGGGACAAAUGCCAGGAAACAGGUUUGUUACAGGUGGAAUAAACCAUGGAUCAAACAUGCAAGCAGCCACUCCUCAGGGUAGUAACUAUGCACUCAAAAUGAGCAGCCCAUCAAGAAGUAGUCCAGGUGUGACUGCUGGGCAACAGAACUCCAUGCUUUCUCCCAGACAUCGUGGAAGUCCUGGGAUGGUCGGAAGCCCUCGCAUCUCAGCUAAUCAGUUUUCUCCCGUAGGAAGCUUGCAUUCUCCAGUCGGGGUUUGUAGCAGCACAGGGAAUAGCCAUAGCUACUCCAGCAGCUCCCUUAACGCACUUCAAGCCCUCAGUGAAGGACAUGGGGUAUCUCAUGGGGCGUCGCCUGAACUGAAAAUGGUGACUUCGCAAAAUUCUCCUGGAAGCAUCAGUUCUUCGCUCACUAAAAAAGGGAGCAUGGACUCCAAAGAUUCUUUCGGGUUGUUUGGUGAGCCAGUGCCGACUGAAGUUUCAGCUGGGCAGUCAGAAAGUGGACUUUCUGGGGAACAGAAAGAUAGCAGUGAAAGUAACUUAAAUCCGUUUGGUGGUGGAGAGAGGACUGAAGGCCAAGGCAGAGGGCAUGACAGUAAAGGACAUACCAAACUCUUACAGUUACUGAUCACCAAAUCAGAUCAAAUGGAAGCUUCCCCUUUGCCAAGUACUCUUGGGGAUUCUAUUAAAGACUCUCCAGGCAAUUCAUUAGGACUACUGUCUACUUCAGCAGUGACAUCAUCCACAACCAACACCUCUACAUCACAUGGGCCCUCGCUGAAAGAAAAACACAAAAUUUUGCACAGACUCCUGCAGGACAGCACUUCUCCUGUAGACUUAGCAAAGCUGACAGCAGAGGCCACAGGUAAGGAACACAACCAGGACGUGGGCAGUUCAGUUCCUGGUGGAGAAAUAACUAAUAAGCAGGAGCAAAUGAGCCCCAAGAGAAAAGAAAAUGCACUACUUCGAUACUUAUUGGAUAAGGACGACACAAGUAUGCAUAAUAUUAAACCUAAACUCGAGCGGAUGGAUAGCAAGUUGGAUCCCUGCAUGAGCACUAAAACAGCAAUCAAGUCUGAGAAGGAGAUGAACUUUGAGCCAUCAGAACAGCAGAUCAGCAGUGACUUGGAUAACUUAGAAGAAAUUCUUGAUGACCUGCAGAACAGUCAGUUACAGCAGCUUUUCCCAGACAUGAAAGCGGUUCCUGCCAGCGGACCAGUCGACAAACAGACCAUCUUCCAAGACCUCCUGCAAAUUGGGAAUGGAAAUGUCUCUGCAUCGCCACUUGGAACACAGAGCCCGUUAUCUGGGAUGUUACAAAAUGCUUUCAAUAAUCCUCGAGCUGUGCAACCAGGCAGACCGCAACAAGGUCGAAGCACGGGAUUGGACAUCCACAUGCAGGGUCAGACAAGUGCAGGACCAUUCCCACCAAUACGAAACAGCAGUCCAUUUGCCGUAAUGUCACAGCAAGUGAUGGGUAAUCAAGCAAUGAUGGGGAAUCAAGGAGGCUUGGGAGCCAGUGCAGGGAUGGUCAGUAGCAUGGGAAGUGGAGCCCCUCGACCCAGCAUGGCUUCUGUAGACUGGGGUCAGUCAAGCUCUGCUGCAAACACCACAGGCAGCACAGGAUCCAAUACAAUGAGCAGGACAACACUGCAAGGCAGCAUGAUCGGCAGUCCUACACCUGGAAUUCCUAUGAGACCAAACAGUCAGCCUGGUCAGAGAUCGAUGCUCCAAACACAAAUCAUGGGGUCAUCAGAAAUUGAGGUGGGUAUGGGAGGUCCAUCAUAUGGUCAACAACAAGCGCCUCCAAACCAAACGGCACCUUGGCCUGACAGUAUAAUGCCUAUUGAUCAGGGGCCUUUUGCCAAUCAAAAUCGUAGGCAAUCAUACAGCAGUUCUCAAGAUGACCUACUUUGUACAUCUAUACCAACGGAAGCUCCAAAUGAUGAAGGCACAAUUCUAGACCAGUUACGUUCAGCACUAAAGAAUAUUGAUGAACUAGGACUGGAAGAAAUUGACCGGGCACUAGGAAUACCUGAACUCGUUAAUCAGAGCCAAAGUGUGGAUCACCAGCCAGAGUCCUUUCCUAGCCAGAAGUCCACAAUGAUGGUAGAGAAACCUCAAGUCUAUAAUCAGCCAUAUGGUCCACAGACCACAGUAGUACAAGGAAACUAUUCUACCAUGCAGGAACCUAAUUUUCAUCCUCUGGCAACUCAAAUGGGGCAGCGACCAGGGUACCCGAUGUUACGUAUGCAACCAAGGCCUGCGCUGAGGUCAUCUGGGAUGGUGCCUAACCAGCCCAAUCAACUUCGGCUUCAGCUUCAACAGAGGCUUCAAGGACAGCAAAUGAAUCGACAGCCACUGAUGAACCCACUCACCACUGUCUCCAAUAUGAAUCUACCUCUAAGGGCUAGUGUGCCACCACAGAUGAGUGGUCAGGGACCUAUAAAUGCACAGAUGCUGGCCCAGAGACAGCGUGAGCUUCUGAAUCAGUACCUGCGUCAAAAGCAGUUGAUGCAACAACAGCAGCAGCAGCAGCAGGUGCAGCAGAGAACCAUGAUGAUGCGGCAGCAGGGUUUGAACAUCCCACCAAAUAUGGCAGCCUCUGGCAGCAUGGCAGCUGCCAUGAGCACUCCUCGGAUUCCUCAGGCAUCACCACAACAGUUCCCAUACCCUCCAAACUAUGGUACUGGGCUUACUUCCCCACCACCUUCCACCAGUCCUUUCUCCCCAGUGUCCCCAAAUCCUGGGUCACAGCUCCUCUCUCACAGCUCCUUGCAUGGCUCCCAGAUGAAUCUGGCUAACCAGGGAAUGAUAGGAAAUGUGGGAGGACAGUUUGGGCCUGUAAUGAGUCCCCAAAUGCAGCACAAUGCCUUCCAGUUUCCCAGCUCAGGAAUGAAUCAGCAGUCUGAUGCAGGAUUUGGUGGGGCUACAACCCCUCAAAGCCCACUAAUGUCUCCAAGGAUGAGUCAUACACAGAGUCCAAUGAUACAGCAGUCUCAGCCUACACCUACCUACCAGUCACCUUCUGAGAUUAAUGGCUGGCCACAGGGAAGCAUUAACGGAAACAGCAUGUUUUCACAGCCGUCCCCACCACAGUUUGGACAACAGGCAAACACCAGCAUGUACAGCAACAACAUGAAUAUCAGUGUUUCUAUGGCAACCAAUACCACUGGUAUGAACAACAUGAAUCAGAUGUCAGGGCAGAUUAGCAUGACCUCAAUGACCUCUGUGCCUACAUCAGGAUUGUCCUCUAUGGGUGCUGAACAGGUCCAGAAGGUCCACGUGCUUGCUGAUGUACAGUGCAGGGUCAACAUUUAGGUGGUAACAAUUAUACCAACAAACAAGCUCCACCAGAUCAAGCCAAGAAAAGUGCAGCAGCCAAUUGAACUCUCAGCCAGUCUCAGAGAAAUUCUUGUUUCAAGUGUUGCUAACAGAGUGACAGGCUCCUUAGUAGCAACGUACUUGCCUACCGAAGCUGCUUUGUCCAUUAAUUGCAUUCACCAUAAGUGUGACUUAAGUCUGUCCUCACAACAGAUUGACGUCGGCUUCGAACCUUGUCCGAUGAAUGUAUUUCUAUCAUCGUUUUGCAGAAUGAUCAGCUCUUUGCGCUUUUUUUUGAUCCUCGGUGGUUGCUGACUUUUCUGCUAUUUAAUCCAGUGUGCAGGCUUUCAGCCAUGUUUCCCUUAACAGUAUUUAGAAAUGAAGCCUUUCUUUAAAAGGUUCUGCUGUGAAUAUAAAUAAACUUACCAAUAAGCUGAAUACUGUAAGAAUAAAGAAUUUGGUUUGGAAGGUAUCUAAAUGGAAUAUGAAAUUGUUUUUAUGUUUUUCAUAAAGCCAAAUGGGGAAUAGACAUCAGGUGGUUUGUUAGUUGUGUCAGCAAGAGUUGGUGCAUUAUCUUUUCAUGCUAUGCUUGUGUUCUGCAGUCAUGGCUCAAUAUCCAGGGUGCAUGAAAUUUUUGUCCCAGUUUUUCAUUACAUUGAUGGAUUAUUAUAAUAUUUUGGCUCUGCAGACUGAGGCUACCUAUUAAACAUUAUCAGCUCUGUAGAGCCCACCUCUCACACCGGAUUAAUUUAUUUGAUAAUAACUGUUAAUGUUGACAGAAAAAUACAAAACCACCAACACCAUCUCAUAAUGGUUUCAUAGCAGUUAAUAAGACCAAUUUGAUCCUUGCUGUGGUUACAGAUCCAGUCAGGUGACCAAAUCUGUGGCUCAUUUCUCUCUCUCUCUCUCUCUCUCUCUCUCACACUCACACACACACACACACACACACACACACAAAUUGUUCAUCCAGACUAGCUCCCACAGCCUGUCAGAGAUAGGGACUCAUGUCUAUACCACACACCCAAAAUUCAGAACAGUUUUCUCUCAGUCAUUUGGACUGUCUCAGUGAAGCCCUCAAUGCCGUCCUGCCUCCAAUCCCACCAGCAGCUGCAUCACCCAACAAAAGGUCAGGAAUUUGUAACCAUUUCCCUCACUGUAGUACAGCAGAAGUAUAUGUCGUGCACUCAGACCUUAUUCCUAUUCUUCCUAAUGCCUGGUCUUCCUGCAAACAAUUCCCAUCCUACAAACGUACUUAGUUCCCUUGGAGCUAAAGGCCAGCUGCAUUCUCUCCUUCACCAUCUUCUCUUCAAGAGCAUGACUGUUUGUUCCUCUCAGGCUGUGCUCCUUCCACCAGUAGCAGCAGUGUUGACCCUUUCAGGCUGAUAGGCUGGCCUGUUGCAGUCCGGCUCCCUUGCUGGCCUUAUCUCUGUCCACCAGAGGUGAGCAGUGUGAUCCAGUCUCUCCUACAGACAGGCUAAGGUGCAGGGUGGAGUUCAGGUGUAUUACUGAAAGCUGCUAGGUUUUUCUCCACCUCAAUACUUUCAAGUAAUUCUGCAAUGGCAAAAUAACAAAAGCAGAGAAAAUUUAUUCUCUCCUUUUCUUGGUGUACAUUUCUUGCCCAUUUUGUACAAUUUUUCUGCAGAUAAUAUGUUGCUCAGUUUCACUGGUGGAAGCAAACUGAAGUCACAGAUUCACAAGCAGCCAGCUAAGUACUAAUGCAGAACUGGGAAAAUUCAAGAGAUGAUAAUUUUUUAGCUGGAUUUCUAGAAUGAGAUGAAACCCUGUAUCGAGCUUCACUGCUGAUUCACAAUGAUUUAAUGUUGCAACUCAUUAAUCUUAUAGAGUAUUACUAAUGUUAAUUUUUUUAACUCUCUUUAAUCGUCCCUGAACAAUCAAUUGGUUUGGGACUGAACAAAGAACAGGGGCUUAAAUUCUGAGUCAUGUACGUAAAACUUAAUCAGCAUUUGACGAGAAACUCACAAAAUUGUGCACACUGUCUUUAUGUAUAGAACCAAUAUUGCAUUAUGGGGUUUAUUGCAUUUCUGGUAUGAAGUCACAUGGUUUUUACACUAAUGCAGAAUUCUGAGCAAAUUCAUCUUGAGUUACCCAUUUUAGUGGCCACUGAAUAGAUUUGGAAUUUAUUAAUGGUUUGUUGGGUUUCCUUUGAUAUAUGUGUGUGUGUGUGGGGGGGGGGGGGGGGUGUGGGGUGGAGUUUAGUAUGGGUCUUUUCCAUUCUGCAUUUAUUAUGUAGCCAACCUAAGCUUUUGGCUUUGAAAAAUUAAGCAGAUAUAAUUGUGAAGUUUACUCACACAAUAUACCAAAUACUACAAUAUCAGCAGUUCCAUUAAGGCAGAGUAUUCAAUGCAGUUUAGUUCCAACACCAUGCUAUCCUAUUAUGUAUAUUAGAUCAGAUCAUUACAACUAUUAAAUUCACCUUUACACAUGACUUUGCUUCUGGUGUGUUUAGUUGAGUUUACUCGCAUAAGCGUGCAUGGGAUAGUAACGCUUGCAUUGUGAGCUAUAAAACUUAAGGUAUUACGGACUGUUCAAGCUUAUUGUUCUAAACUAAUUGUUCAUUGCAGUUUUAUUGUGCUGAGAGGACGGACUUUUUUGUAAGCUACAGAAACCCAGUGCUUCAUUACAAUUUCCUAAAGUCAGCGGCAGUUUCCAAAAGCAAAAUUGAUCAGAUGUCACCACAAGUAAGAGAACACAAACAGCCAUAACAUUUUCAUAUGGUACAGUAUUUUGUAAAAUAAGAUGCGAUGACUUUUGGAAAGCAGUUAGCGAUAUAAGAGUCUGAUGUAUGUAACCAAGCAAUAACUUUUACUUGAGAGCAUUAUGUUUUACAUACUUGUAGAAUUUUGAUGAAGUAAAAUUCUUAAGCUGCUGAUUUAAAGUGAGGUACUACAGUAUUAUAUUAGAUACCUUGGCAGCAGUGUCUCUCGUUUAUUUUGUAAAUAAAGAAUCAUGAUGCCUUGAUAGGUAGCUAACAAGUCUGUUUCAGUAGCGUUUAUAAGGCCAGUGACUUAAAUGGCUCUUCUAAUAGAUAUUCUGCAACCAUUUUUAGAUUUCCAAAAUGUACAAAAAUCAUGCCAAAACCCCAGACUGCUACUCUGGUCCAUGUAGCUUCUCUCAGUCUAAUAUUAUGAUUAAAUUGGAAAAAUUGUUGAAUGGGUUGGAAGCAGGUGUUUUAUUACAUAGUUUCUCUCUCAAGCUGUAACAUUCUGAGUCCUGAUACCUUUGUGUUUGUGUGUCAGGCUGUAUGGAACAUGCUGUCAUUUAAGGCCCAAAAUCCACACUGAUCAUAUUGAUCACUGUACAGAGACUGAAUACAGACCUGUUUUUGCCUCAACAGUUGCUUUUAGAAAGGAGAGCUGCCACAUCUCAGCUACAAAUUGUUCAUUUGAUAAAGAAAUGUAUUCUUUCUGUGUGUUCAAAUAACAUCAUUGUGUUUCAGAUUGCUUUGGUAUGAUAUAGCUUUAUGUAAAUACUGCUGUGAAUUAGAAAAGUUUUCUGAAAUGCAGGCAUUUAAUUUUGCAGGCAUUUGGAGCCUAGACCUUUGCAUUUAUGUCUAUGGGAACAUCAUGUAAUAAUCCAACAAGCUUUCUGUAUUUACCCUAUUUUGUAUCGUUGCUUUAAUUUGAAAUAUAUGGUUUAUGACUGGGUGUAUUACUGUUGGAAUUGUGCAAAUAACCACUGUGUAGUUACCUACAGAGCCAAAAGAUUAAAACACAAAAAUCUGAAUGGAAGGGGAGGGGUAAGUGUGUUUCACACGAUCAUUUAAAUUCUGUGCACUAUAACCCAAAUUUAUAUCUUCUCUAGAUUUGAAUGCAUAAAGGUCUACUCUCUUGGAAAGUGGAUCAUGGGAGCUACUUUCAUUAGGAAGCAACAUCUCUCUGAUUGCAUUAUGUUCAAUCUUAAACAUUUUCCUCUAACAGACUUAAAGUAAGGAAUCAAAGCUAACAUUAAGAACUAUGUAUUGUAGUGGUGUACAUUGCAGACAAGCAGGGCUUUGUGGCUCCGUUUGCAAAAUCCAAAGAUUUCACUGAGUUAAUUUUAAAAUACAGCUAAGCCAUGGUGUGUUGGUGUGGUUCAACAUCAUUUUAUAGUAUUUCUACACAGUUGAUUGUUGACUGGAUGCAGACACAUACUCUGCACAAACAAUUCUAUGGAUUUUCAAUUUGAUAGGCAAACCCCGUCUACUUUUUCAUUUAGAGCUUGAAUUUGUUUUGUAAGAUCUGUCAAUUUCUUAGUACAGUGCAGGAACCUCAAAUGCUAUAAAUUAGCAUAAUGCCUUAGAUAUGUUUUUAUGUCCUGUAUAUUCCUAGCAGCUGUUUGUUGUAUUAUAUUGUUUGUAUAGUGAAUUGUGUAAAAUUUUUGGAUGUGUCAUCAGUUAUUAAUUUUUUUUGUCAGAUAAAUAGAAAUAAUGGUUGCCUACUGCAAUAUGGACCCAUGAUUAUUGCUUAGUUUUUUUUAUGUUACUUUGUUCCUUUUGUGGUCAGUAGUGGGGCACUAUUUGUAAAAUGUUUUUUUUCCCCAAAUCUCUGAGUGGUGUAUAUUGGCGAAUUGCAAAUUCUAAGCAAUAUGUAAAGUAAGGUUCUUCAGCAGAAGGCUUACAGUGUUGCAAGUUCAGAGAUGUAUUUUUUUAGUUCACACUAAACACCUUUUUUCUUCGGGCAUCCAUGUUUGUUUCCUUAUUGUGAGCAUUUUAUGCCAAUUUAGGUAUAUUCAAAAAAAUUAAAUACAUUUAUGCAAGUUGUUAACUAAUAUUGCUUUUGCUGAUGUCAUUUGCUUAUUUGAUGUUAAAUAAUGCUGUUGUAAAUAAAGAAUCCUGUUA